AUGGGGAGCAGCAGCAUCGACGGUGCCGGCGAGAUGUGUAUGGAAGCUGGCGGCAGGGUGGGGAGGCGCGGCGGGAAGAAGGCGGCGGAGCAGAAGGCCGCCAAGCAGCCGCAGCGCGGGCUCGGCGUCGCGCAGCUCGAGAAGAUCCGGAUGCAGAACCAGAUGAUCGCUGCAUACCGCUCCGGCAUGCCUCCGUCGCCGCCGACACACCAGCAGCAUCAGGUGCCGUUCCCCGCCGCCGUCCCGACGGCGGGCCACGCGUCUUUCCAGCCAUAUCUAACUGGCUGCUUCGACGCGAUGGACCGGAGGAUCGCAGACGCGCAGUACAGCCAGUACUGCGCGGAGAACCUGCUGCCGUACGGCUCCAGCCGGCCGCCGGCGACGUCGCCGCUCUUCGUCGUUCAUGACUCGCCGCCGUCGAGCCACAGGCAGCAGCAACCACCGCAGUACCACAACUGGAUGCGAACCAGCCACGAGUCCAGCGGCCGGGGCAAUGCCGGAGGCACGGAAGAGCUAGAUUUGGAGCUGCGGUUGUAG